AUGAAUUUGAAACUUUGUUGCGACUGCAGACUACUGACAGAGACGGAAAUAGAAUUCACUUACAAUAGGAUUUUCGAACUACAGGCGUCCGCAAAUUUAGAAAUGGGAAGCAGAGGAGUUCUACUAGAGGAAAUCAGAAAAUUACAGACUCAGCAAGACUCAGUGAACAAGCUACUUCAACUGGUGGAAUUGAUGCUAACGCAACUAAGUGCUUCAAAAUGCAAGCGCCUUCCUCACGAAAAAUGCUGCGAUUGCUGCCGAAUCAUGAGUACUCUGCCAUUUUUGCCUUCUCCAAAUCAAUAA